CCCCCCCCCCCCCCCUCCCCGCCCUCAGAGCCCCGCCGGGACUGUUUGCACUACCGCCGCAGCCCUGGGAACAAGAGUACUCAAGGUGAAGGAUAAUAAUCAACUCGAAUCAGCACUUUGAAUGAAAUUUUGUUUCCCUGUGGCAUCUUCAACACUUUCUUCUUCGGGUUUUGAAACAGACUUUUAACUCUGUGGCACAGCAGCUAUGCAGCUUGAAAUCCAAGUAGCACUCAAUUUUAUUAUUUCUUAUUUGUACAAUAAGCUUCCCAGACGACGUGUCAACAUUUUUGGUGAAGAGCUUGAAAGACUUCUGAAAAAGAAGUAUGAAGGGCACUGGUAUCCAGAAAAGCCAUACAAAGGAUCAGGGUUUAGAUGUAUUCAUAUAGGGGAGAAAGUGGACCCAGUCAUAGAACAAGCAUCCAAAGAGAGUGGUUUGGACAUUGAUGAUGUUCGUGGCAACUUGCCUCAGGAUCUUAGUGUUUGGAUUGACCCGUUUGAGGUUUCAUACCAAAUCGGUGAAAAGGGACCAGUGAAAGUGCUUUAUGUGGAUGAUAAUGAAAAUGGAUGUGAGUUGGAUAAGGAAAUCAAGAACAGCUUUAACCCCGAGGCCCAGGUGUUCAUGCCUAUUAGUGACCCAGCAUCUUCAGUGUCUAGUUCUCCUUCUCCUCCCUUUGGUCACUCAGCUGCUGUGAGCCCGACCUUCAUGCCCCGCUCCACUCAGCCUUUAACCUUCACCACUGCCACGUUUGCUGCCACCAAGUUUGGCUCAACCAAAAUGAAGAAUAGCAGCCGUGGCAACAAGGUUGCCCGCACCUCUCCCACCAACCUUGGCUUGAAUGUCAAUGACCUCUUGAAGCAGAAAUCCCUCUCCUCCUCCAUGCACUCUCUCUAUGGGCUCGGCCUAGGCAGUCAGCAACAGCAACAGCAGAAGACUUCUGCCCUGUCUCCUAAUGCAAAGGAGUUCAUUUUCCCCAACAUGCAGGGUCAAGGUAGUACCAGUAGCAUCUUUCCUGGUGACAGCCCCCUUAACCUUAGUCCUCUCCAGUACAGUAAUGCCUUUGAUAUGUUUGCAGCCUAUGGAGGUCUAAAUGAGAAGUCUUUUGUGGAUGGCUUGAAUUUUAGUUUAAACAACAUGCAGUAUUCUAACCAGCAAUUCCAGCCAGUUAUGGCUAACUAAAAAUAAACCGAAAGCGAAAUCCAAGUAAAUACUAUUGUACAAGUUAAAAUGCACGUACCCAAGGGUGUAUCUUUUUUUCCACCUCUUGAGAUUUUUUUUAAGGCUUGUAGUAUGAAUACAUUCAGGCUUGGUUAGAUAAAUACAACAUGCAUCAUUUUUUUCAUUUGCCAACCAAGCACAAAAUUAUUUUAUACUGACUGUACAUUACAAAAAUAUACUCUCAAAAAUAUGGCCUCUUACAGUAUUUAAAAUAUAGCAAGGAAGUGGCUAAUUUUUUUAU